UGCUGAGGUCCGGUAUGGCGGCUCUGCCGGAGGAACCGGCCGAGGCGGUAACGGUGAAGCCAGACCCCGAUGGGGGAGCUCCACCGCCUCCUCCACCCCAGUCCCCGGCAAAUUCCGCUUCCGCUCCCCCUCCCUCCUCGACCGCCGCUGCUCCCCUCACGGACGGGGAGGCUGCGGUGGGCACAACUGACUCGAAGCCCCCGGUGGUCCCCAACGCUCAACCGGCCGCCUCUCAGCUGCCCACCGACCGGCAGACGCUGCUGGCGGUGUUGCAGUUCCUGCGGCGUAGCAAUCUCCGCGAGUCCGAAGAAAUUCUCCGCCGAGAAGCCCGGCUGCUCAGCGAUGAGGUCGCGGCUGAUCUCAGCCCUUCGGCGUCCGGCGGGCAGGCAACUCAUGGCGGGGAAGGGCAGGAGCCCACCCUCGGCGUCGCUGCCCCCGGACCUGGGGAAGUGCUGCUCAGCUCCGUCACUUUUGGCCAGGCUGGGGCUGCCGUCGCUCCUGCAGCUGUCACGGCCCCUCCGGCGGUGCCCUUGGGACCCGCCGGGAAAGUUGGUGUCCUCAUGGAAGAUCAACCGGAUGUGAGUGCAGUGUUGUCUGCCUACAACCAGCAGGGAGACCCAGCACUCUAUGAAGACUAUUAUAGUGGAUUGAAACACUUUAUUGAAUGUGCUCUGGACUGUCAUCGAGCUGAGCUAUCACAACUUUUUUAUCCUCUCUUUGUGCACAUGUAUUUGGAGCUAGUCUACAACGGACAUGAAAAUGAAGCGAAGUCCUUCUUUGAAAAGUUUCAUGGGGAUCAGGAGUGUUAUUACCAGGAUGACUUGCGCGUAUUAUCAAGUUUAACCAAAAAAGAGCACAUGCGAGGGAAUGAGACAAUGCUGGAUUUUCGAACGAGCAAGUUUGUGCUGCGCAUAUCCCGUGACUCUUACCAGCUCUUGAAGAGACACCUUCAGGAAAAACAGAACAAUCAGAUAUGGAAUAUUGUUCAAGAGCAUCUUUACAUUGAUAUAUUUGAUGGAAUGCCUCGCAGUAAACAACAAAUUGAUGCUAUGGUAGGAAGUCUGGCUGGUGAGGCAAAACGGGAGGCUAAUAAAGCAAAGGUCUUUUUUGGCUUAUUAAAAGAACCAGAAAUUGAAUUACCUCUGGAUGAUGAAGAUGAAGAGGGGGAAAAUGAGGAGGGUAAGCCAAAGAAGAAGAAGCCAAAAAAAGACAGCAUGGGAUCAAAAAGUAAAAAGCAAGAUCCAAAUGCUCCUCCUCAGAACAGAAUCCCCCUUCCUGAACUAAAGGAUUCUGACAAGCUGGAUAAGAUAAUGAAUAUGAAGGAAGCCACUAAGCGUGUGCGUCUUGGUCCAGACUGCUUGCCUUCUAUCUGUUUCUACACGUUCCUUAAUGCUUAUCAGGGCCUAACAGCAGUGGAUUUUACGGAUGACUCUAGCAUGAUUGUAGGAGGUUUUGCUGACUCCACUGUCAGAGUAUGGUCUGUGACACCCAAAAAACUACGUAGCGUAAAGUCGGCAGCAGAUCUCAGCCUCAUAGAUAAAGAAUCUGAUGAUGUUUUAGAAAGGAUCAUGGAUGAGAAAACAGCAAGUGAGUUGAAGAUUUUAUAUGGUCACAGUGGACCUGUCUACGGUACCAGCUUCAGCCCCGAUAGGAACUAUUUGUUAUCAUCUUCAGAGGAUGGCACAAUCAGAUUGUGGAGCCUCCUAACCUUUUCUUGUCUGGUGGGAUACAAAGGACACAACUACCCUGUGUGGGACACACAGUUCUCACCCUAUGGAUAUUACUUUGUGUCAGGUGGUCAUGACAGGGUGGCUCGUUUGUGGGCUACAGAUCACUACCAGCCUUUGAGGAUCUUUGCUGGCCAUCUUGCUGAUGUCACGUGUACACGUUUUCACUCAAACUCCAACUACGUUGCUACCGGCUCAGCAGAUAGAACGGUGCGGCUGUGGGAUGUUCUGAAUGGGAAUUGUGUGAGAAUCUUCACAGGACAUAAGGGACCAGUUCAUUCACUAGCAUUUUCUCCUAAUGGAAGAUUCUUGGCAUCUGGAGCUACAGAUGGAAGAGUGCUUCUCUGGGAUAUUGGCCAUGGUUUGAUGGUAGGGGAGUUAAAAGGACACACAGAUACAAUCUGUGCACUCCGGUUCAGUAGAGAUGGAGAAAUUUUAGCAUCAGGGUCGAUGGAUAACACAGUGAAGUUGUGGGAUGCUGUGAAAGCCUUUGAGGACUUAGAAACAGAUGAUUUCACCACAGCCACUGGGCAUAUAAAUCUGCCUGAAAGCUCUCAGGACCUGUUGUUAGGUACCUACAUGACCAAAUCAACCCCUGUCAUACAUCUCCAUUUCACCCGUAGAAAUCUGCUUCUUUCUGCUGGGGCUUACAGUUCCCAGUGAACUAUGAAACUACAAGACUUGGUUGUAUAAGCCUUGUGAAGUAAAGACUGUAGAAGAAUUUGCAUUAUUUAAGACUGUGAUGAACUUGUCUGCUGGAAGAAGCAACAUAAACUAUGUCUCAACCUUCAAGUAACUGCUGUUUCAAGUCUCACUGGAAAAUGCUGGACUCUGAAAUCAUGGAUUUGAUGGUGGUGGGGGGGGAGAGUUUGGUUUUAAUUCAGGUAAGUGUACAGAUAGUCUCUCUUAUCCUCAGCAAGAAAAUGAUUAGUCAGGUCUAAAAUGCAGAACCAGUUGUAAAAAGCAAAGGUAAACAACAUUGUUAACAACUUUUCAAAAGCACUUACUUUGUCAUUUCCCCAAGUUUGAACACUUUCAGUAGGAGUUUCCACAUGGAACUGUGGGUUCUUCUAUAAUGUGGAGAGAGAAUACAACUAGCUAUUUGGCCUAUGUGAGUUACCUAAUUUAUUCUAAAGAGGACAGUAUAGAUUGAGUAUAGGGAGGCCUGCAGACAUAAUUUGAAUGAUGCUUUAGAGACGGACCUUUUACAGAUGUGACAAUCUUUAAUAGGGAUGCUGUUUUACGUCCUCUGUAAGAUUACUUUGGGACAGAAGCACAGCAUCACCUCCCCAUAAAGUGUAUACUAGAGUAACACCACAUUGCUUUUCUGUAAUGGGUUAGUAACUGUAAUUCAGGCUUUCAGUUACAACACAGCUUGAGCUGUUUACCAGUUGUUGAAUUCCAGCAGAAAAUUAAUGAGCCACUCGUUUGUAAAAAGGCAACUGCCAUAGUUUUGCAUUUUGUACAGUUUUAUAUUUUUGAUAUUUUGUAAUAAAGACAAAUUAUGCUGUGCAAUUCUUACAAUGAAAUAUUGCUGCGGUGUCUGUUAGAACUAAUACCAUCAAGCUUUAUCUUCCCAUGGAAAAGUGGAACAAUUAAUUUUAAGGAAAAAUUGUGGGUCAAUAAAACUUCUAAGUUUCUCCCCCAGUCACUUAUGUAAUGGUUCCUCUUGAUAUUUACCACUGGACUGAAACAUACACAUUUGCAUAUACCCUUUCUUUUAGGGGACGGGGAGAAGCUAGUUAAGCAUUUCCCUCUGACAAGGUAUGUGGUUACAGCACAGUAACUAUACACCUACAGUUAGCUAAUAUGAGGGACAUCUAUUUCUGUUAAGUAUUCCCUGACCCAUUGUAUAUAAUUGGUAAAAACUGGUCAUUGUAGCCCUUGGGUCUUUCUGCAGUGCAGAAUAUAUAGCUAUUUAAAAGGGAACAAUCCUGAAAUUAAGGCUGUGUUACAUUUCCUUGAUGAGUGACAGCUUAACUUUACCAGAAGCAAGGGCAAAUAACUGGAUAGGUAAAUGCUACUUUAUAUCCUGGAAAAUAAACAUCUGUACUGCUUACACAGUAAUAUAACUGUAUUGACUGUAGGCCUGAGGGCGAAGGGGAUAUUCUACAUGAAAUCUACAUAUUGACUUGGAAGAGAAGUAGAGGUGUAUGCUGAUGGUACUUAGGCUCUACUCAGACAACAUCUGUGUUUGACAACAUCUGUGUUCUUAUCAACAGGAGUAUGUGAUACUUUCAUUAGUUAUUCCUGAUUUACAAGAACACUAAGUAACAUAGAAAACCUGCAAGAAUUUCAUAAUUUGGUUAGUAAGCUCUCAUUUUGUUAAGAACCACUGCUCCACCAAACAAGAUGAGGAUCACAGAACUCUUUGUAAAAGGCAAAAUGCAAGUGCAAUACUCAGAAAUAUUAACAAAAGAUAUGGCAUUUUAGCCCCAGU